AUGUCUGACCCCAACAACCCCAACAUCAAGACCAGGACCACCCCUCAGUGGUCGCUGUACCAGCGAGAGUCGUUCUGGAACACCAACAAUGGCCAGUUCCCGCCCUUCAAUACCGAUCCGGCUGAGAUUGAGAAACUGGCCAAGGAGAAGCUCUCGCAGGGAGGCUGGUACUACUCCUCCUGCAACGCCGGCAUCUCGUGGACCCAUCUCGCCAACCGCCAGGCCUUCUACCGCCACCGCAUCGUCCCCCGCAUGCUGGUCGACACCAACCAGCGCGACACGGCCGCCGAAAUCUUCGGCCACCGCGUCUCCGCCCCGAUCGGCUUCGCCCCGAUCGGCAUCAACCGCAUCUACCACCCCACCGGCGAGCUCUCCGUGGCGAAGGUCGCCCAGGAGCUGAACCUGGCGUACUGCCUGUCCUCAGCCGGCAGCUACAGCAUCGAGGACGUGGCUAAGGCCAACGGCUCCGGCCCGCGCUUCUUCCAGCUCUACCAGAGCCCCGACGACGAGCUCUGCCUGUCCAUGCUGCAGCGCGCCUUUGACAACGGCUUUGACGCCUGCAUGCUCACGACGGAUACCUGGUCCCUCGGCUGGCGCCACAACGACGUCUUCACCGGCAACUACGCCUUCUACCACGACCACGGCGCGGGCGACCUCGGGCUGCAGGAUCCCGUCUUCCAGAAGCGCCUCAAGGAGGCCGGCAUCGAUCCUGUCAAGAACCCAAAGGAGGCUGGCGCCAAGUGGAUCGAUGAGAACAUCUGGCACGGCCGUGCGAUUACCUGGGAGAAGAUGAAGUGGACCAUGGAGCAGUGGAAGCGCAUCAGUGGCGGGCGGCCGUUUUGCUUGAAGGGGAUCCAGAGCGUGGAGGAUGCGAAGAAGGCAGUUGAGAUGGGCGUUGAUGGUAUUGUUGUGUCGAACCAUGCUGGGCGACAAGUCGACGGAGGCAUCGCCAGUCUGGAUGCCCUUGAAAAGAUUGUCGACGCCGUUGGUGACAAGACCUAUGUCAUGUUCGACUCUGGCGUGCGCACCGCGGCAGACGUCUUCAAGGCCCUCGCCGUCGGCGCCAAGUUCGUCUUCAUCGGCCGCCUCUGGGUCUGGGGCCUCGGCAUCGCGGGCGAGCACGGCGUGCGCCACGUCCUCAAGAGUCUGCUGGCCGAGUUUGACAUUCUGAUGGAGGUGGGCGGGUUUGUCAAGGUGGACGAUAUUGACCGCAGCUGCAUCGAUUCUCUGCCCAACUCGUCCAACCUGAUUGCCGAGCACUCGGCGAUUUAG